AUGUCUACUGAUGAAUCAAUAAAUGCUUUCAAGAAAAAGUAUGGAGAUUGUAAACAGUGGACACCAGAUAAUAUAGAAAAGAUCAUUAAGGAAGGUAAUGAGAUGGGUGUAAACCUUGAUUUUAUACUAAAUCGAGCAUUAAAUCGAAAAGCUUCCAAAGAAGUCAUAGCCAAGAUAAUAUAUGUAUCGAAAAGGUAUCCUAGAGAACAAAAUGCUAUGAAAAUAGGCGUAGCAUCACAUAUGCAAUUCAAAAGUUUCGAAUCAAUAUUAUCAACCUCGGCUGAUAUUAGAUUUCAGCCAUUUAUCAUCGCAUCAAUCAUUCAAGAUGGAAAAGUUGUUAAUUCAGGUGAUAACAGAAUCAUUGCACAAGGUGCAAUCAAAGCUGCAGCUGUAAAACCAGAUGCAAUCGAUUUAUACGGGAACAUUAUCCAAGAAAACUUCUCAUUUUUGGAUGUUAAUGAUAUAAUUCGAGCUGCACUACAAUCUACCAAAGGAAUGAAAUUUAUUUUAUCUACUAUUGUACCAAAGAUCAUAAAAGGAGAUAAUUUCGCAUUACAUGUUAUGCAAGUACUUUGCGCAGAACCAAAUGGAAGCCCAGCUCGAUUAGUUGCGAAUGAUUUGAGAUUGAAUUACCGAAUUAACUGUAUAUUCUGA